AUGCAAAAAUCAAUUCGAGCAAACGAGCACCAACUGUUGUAUUUGGCAAACAAGGCUCGCGAGCAUCCACUCGGUACACUGACGGGAAACUUGUGGAAGAAGAGCCUGGACACUGGAAAGUGGCAGCUUCGAUAUUUUAUUCUUUACCAGAAUCUGCUUUUCUACUAUGAUUGCGAACGGGCCGAGAGACCUUCUGGUGUGGCAUUUUUGGAAAGUUCUUACUGCGAGCCUAUCGUCAACCUGCGAAGCAGUCGAGAUGAACGUCUCGGAGGACAACAAGGAGUAAGUUGUGCAUCUGGUGUCCAGUUGUUCCCACAUCAAUGUCUGAAAUUCAAUAAAGAAGUGAUUGGUUGUCAAACCACCAGAUUCCGUCAACAAGAGACCAUAAUAAUGCCUAGCUACCAUGCCAACCGAAGAAAGCACGAGGGCUGGGAUACUGCCAGGUUGCCCGUGCCUAGACAGGAGAACUUGAGACGCAGAGGUCGGGUUCGAACCACGGACCUUCCGGUCAGUGAACUGAUAAAUACUAAAUGUGUAGACGAAACUGAAUUCGACAUUUUGAUUGAGGACAGUUGUGUGUGCGACAUUCGCUAUCGCACAAAAUUAUGCUGCAUUGGGGAGAGAUGGCUCAAGUGGUUAGAGCGCGAAUUUACUGACCGGAAGGUCCGUGGUUUGAACCUGACCUCUGCCCCUCGACUUCCCCUGUCUAGGCUUGGGGUCUAG